AAAAUGCCCAAGGGGUACAGAAGAACAAGGAGGUUGGGAACCCGUGCACUAGAAGAUACUCGCUAAGCUACUGCUACCACUUCUAGUUUGAGAUUAUUACUCACACUGUUCCUGCGAAGGGGCGAUGGAAAUCUUCAAUGCGACCGAACUGGAGGGAUCCCUGUACCAAGUCAACGAUGCAAAUUUCACUUUCCCGGAGAGAGCGCCAUGGGAAAUCAUUCUCGAUAAAGCCAACACUGUGAUCAUGGUAAUGAAUUCUAUCACCCUAAUGCUGGGGAUGGGAGCUGCCAUCUAUCUGAAGGAGAUAUUGAGUCACGUCAAACGCCCCGUAGGAGCAGCCAUCGGCAUGUUAGGCCAGUUCAUAGUUCUACCGGCGACAGGAUAUGGUUUGUCUGUCAUGUUUAGCCUAAAGCCCUACGAAGCCUUAGGAGUACUGAUGAUAUCCUGCAGUCCUGGAGGAUCCUUCUCCAAUUUCUUCACGUACUGGUGUGAUGGUGAUUUGGCGCUAAGCGUCAUGAUGACGACAUGUUCCUCUAUCAUGGCCUUCGGCGGAAUGCCAUUCAAUCUUUGGCUCUACUCAGGUCACUGGCUCGUCGAAGGCGACGACGCCAUCGUCGUCCCCUUCCUCAGUAUCACCAAGUCCUUGACUUUCGUCAUGGGCCCUGUCAUCGUCGGCAUGAUCAUCAGACACUUUCACGAAAAAGCAGCCAGCAUGAUCACGAAGAUAGCAAGCAUCAUCGGAUGGGUUGGCUGUGUGGUGGGGAGCACUUUCUGGUUAAUCCUAUACUGGGACGUCUUCGUGAUGGCCUCCCCUUUCGUCUACGCAACUGCUGUCUUGUUGCCACUCACUGGCUUCCUCCUAGCAUAUACCUUAGCAAAACUCCUCUGUCAGAAUCACCAAGUUUGCAGGACCAUCGGAAUUGAAACAGGCUCCCAGAAUAUGCCGGUGGCAGCGAGUGUCAUUUUACUGUCCUUCCAUGAUCCCUGGAUAAGAGCCCAGAUCCUCAUGUUCCCAACACUCUACGGGGUGAUGCUGCUGUCGGAAGUCUUCGUCGGGAUCAGCUCAUUCCAGCUGUAUAAGAGACACUGCGCCAAAGGACGUGAAGACCUCCUCCUCCACCCAAUGACCCACACGGCCAAGAUCGAGCCAGGGACGCGAGCGGAAAAGGCGUCGCUGGCCGUCUGAUUUCAAGCAAAAGGGACAGACGCAAAGAGGAAGAGAGACAGAGGAAAAACAAGGCGUGAUCCGGCGACCUCCAGCUUGCUCAAGGGCGCGUGCUGAAAUCUACCGUCAAAUGGAGCGUUGUUUCACCAGGGAAAAUUAAAAUGAAUGCGCUAUAUAUUUUUUUGAGAAAUCAUUUUUCUGUACUGCUUAACAUGAACAUUAUUUUUUUUACAUCUUCACCCAAAUACAUAAUUCAUAAAAAUCUUAUCCUAAAAGUUCUGUAUACACCCUUUUCAGACCUUUUUAGGCUUUCCUACUCCCCCAACCCCCCACUACAAGAACAACAAAGAGGAAGAAGAACAACAAAAGCAGUUUAUAGGCUUACUCCCCGAGUAAGCGAAAAUGUACUAGAAUAGGGUGCUCGGAAAUGUUUCAGACGCUUAGCCAGUUUGGAAAUAGACUGAAACUGUAGCUGGGGUGUAGACUUAACACAGGCAUGUCAUGUACGUGGUUAAUUUAUUAGAAAAUAAUACUAUGAAUAUCCCAAGUAGAGGCAAUUGCAAUUAGCAAAUAUAAAUUAAAUUAUCGAUUGGAAACAGGCGCAACUAUAUAUAGGUAUGCGAACAGCUGAAUACUACCGAAUAAUUGCUAAAGCUCAAUUUAGAUGUUUAAUUUUUUCAUCGCUGAAAUAUCACCUGACACUUAAUUGCAUAGCUUGAAAAAGGAGAAAAAGAAAAACUGCGUAGUAUUUUUGCAUAAGUGCCAUACCCAAUUUGUGUAAUUAUGGACAUUCAGUUUGAAAAACCGAUUAUACAAAAAAAGUAUACAACAAAUUAAUAGAUAAAACUAGAACACGAUCCCUUUAGGGUAAUACAAAUUUCGCGCAAGCUUUUGUGAUGUUCUAGAACAAAACCACUCAUAUUUAUAUUUCACGAAAUAACGUUAAAGUUCCAAUUAUUAUGGAACGGCCGCGUUACCAAGACGAGCAAUGAACGGAUGGCAGCAAUUUCAACUCUGUCAUGGUUCUAGGAAUCGGUAUAGAAGAUUCAGUCUUAGCAGCAGAAGAGAAAGAAGACUCCCAGCCUACCAGGCAAUCGCUUCCCGUCCUUGCAAGAAUCAUGAUUCCGAGGAAACGUGCACAAUUCGAUAUCAGAGUGGCUGGGAUUCGAAGUUCUCUGUGAUCUUGUACAGGACUGACUGGAUUCGGGGUGUGCUGGACUCUGUCAUUUUUCGUACUGACACAUUCAUGUGUACACAAUAUUUAAGAAAGAAUUUAGUUUACGCAAAUAAAUAAAUAAAUAAAUAAAUAAACAGUACAA